AUGAGAGAAGGUUCUGGAGUCUCGUCCCAGCUCUGGGAGCGCCUGCUGAGUUUGAACAACUUGGAGGAAGAGCUGGAGAAUCAUCCCAGGCGAGAGUCGCUUGUGGCUUGUUUAAGCCGUUGUCCUGACAAUUUUCAUGCUUUGAUCGUACGUUGCCUCGAGACCGUAGAGACCGAAUUGGCCAAGAAGGCCGAUGACGUCGACGAGGCAGCUGAGACGGUCCUCGCGAAUGCACUCUUCGUCAUGUCAUAUCUGCUUGCCGCGCUUCCAGCUGCGCCUACAGGCCUGAAGAAUUCCGGGGAUGAUGCAGAGGUGACAAAAAACGAUUCUUCUGCUUUGCUUUUGAAGCUGGAGCUGCCACUGCAGAAGGCAGCUUGCAAAGCAGCCAGCGCGUCCUUCGUGGAAAGGUUGUGGUACAAGACGCAUCACACGAAGCACGGCCACUGGGAGAGCGCAUCGCUGACUCUGCGCUGCUGGUUCCACGAUGGCUUCACAGUGGAAGAGCCAGAUGUGUCUGAGGCUGAAGAUGUGCCGGAUGUCAACGGUGUGGUGCCCGCUCUCAUCUGGCAAGAAGGAGUGGGACCAGAGGGUUCCAGCCAGCCAAAGAACAGCGACAUGCAGGCAAACAGGGUUGUUGGUUUGCAACUUCUGCUAGCACUUCUCGCAGCCGGCGCUCCCUCUGCGGUGGACAUCCAGGACACCAAGGGUGAUGACGGCUCCACUGUUGACGCAAGGCUUUCGAGGCUUCUGAUUCCUGAUGCGCGGCCGCUUGCGUAUCUAUGCGAUCCAAGCAGGACUGUGCCCUUCCGGGCAGAGCUGUUCUACUCGCUGAUGUCCGUAGCAUUAGGCUACGACCCUCACGGGUUUGGGUUGCCAUACGGAGGCUACUUUGCGGGAGCCAAGCAGGAAGCCUUCGCGCACUUGUGCAUUCAGGCUCUGGGCCUUCUACUGCAAGAUGUGCGUGAUGCUGCGCUUUGCAAAGGUGAUAUGAGCAUCUUGCCAAGCGUGGCAGUCAGGCGCCCCCAGGAGCUUUUGAUUUCUCAAAGGUCAAUCCCGGAGGAAGAAGGAGCAUCUGCGCAGAACGUGUUCAGAGACAUGCUGGCUGCCAUAGGUUCUCAGGGUGAGGUAGAAUUCAUAGUUGAGGGCAUUGUGACUUUGCUGGGCACUGUGGGCAAGGGAAAAGGAAGCUACCUUCCAAGUUCAAUGAGGCUUCCACCCUUCCUGCCGGAGCUUCUUGUCAUUGUCUUGCACCUCACAGCCUGCCCAAAGUUCGUGGCAGGUGCAUGCGUAGAGGGCGAGAUCAUUAGCGUCAUCGAGGGCGUCCUUCUGGCAGCCAACCAGGCACCAGAGCAUGUUGACGAGCAUGCCCUGAGCCUGGUGGAGGCUGCGAUUCUCCUGAACCUCACCUCGUACCGCGAGGUGUGCGUCGAGCUGGAUGAGGAUUUCGAUGGUAGCUUGCCAGAGAGCAUGCCCGAUUUCGAGGGCACUGCGGCUGACUUCGUGGCCUUAGCGGCGCUUGCUCAGGCGAACGAAAACCUCGCAAAAUGCAAGGUCAGCAAAGUUCACGAAAACAUCGUGCAGAUGAGCCUCUUCACUUUGGCCAACGUGUCAACCUUCGCCGAUGGCCUUUGCAUAGAAACGACUUCGCGUCUGUUUUCGUUGUUCGAGCGUUGCGUGAAAUCACUCCAACUAUCCCGCGAGAGGUUGGGCUUCGCAAGCCACUUGCCAAUACUGCUGGAAGCCUUUGACAAUGUUCUCCAGUACAGGUAUGGCAGCAACGCGAACUUGGCUUACGGCUUGAUGACUAGACAGGCCAUCUUCCGAGAUCUGGUGUCCAUGGUGCCACAAAUCCAAUGCAACAUUGACUUGGAAAAGGAUGGCAACAGUGGCAAAGACACUCAGAGAUGGCAGCAACAUGUCGAGGUCCACUUGCAUCCGAUUGCGACUCUCUUAGAUGCAACGGUGCCAAUGCUUGAGGCAGAGGUGGAGAAGCAGGAAAUAUCGAACUCGGACGAAGCCAAGGAACUUCUUCCAAGGUGCGUUCUGGGAUUAAUGCCACCUCCACACGCCUUCCAGAUGAGGCAUCUACAGCGCUGUGCAGCCACUCAUCUGGCAUGUGAGCACGUCCUGGCGGCCUGUCUCGGCGACGGCCCCGUUUGCCCGCUGUGGGAGGUUGAGGACGGGAAGCUUGGCCCUCAGAAUAAUCAGUGCUUCAAAAUUGCGCAGCAAUACUUAAGUGCUGUAAGGCCGGAGCCUCGCAAGGGAAGGGAGAGAAGUAACAGCAGAACAAGGUCAGCAAGCAGCAGUCGCUCCAAAGGUGGUGCCAAAGCAGCUGCUUCAGAACCUUCAAAACCUGGGGGCAAGAGCCCCAAAAAUUCUCCAACAGCACCUGAUGCAUCAGAGCCUGGUGACAGUGCGGUUCCAAAUGGAAGCAGCCAGGCUGAAGCGUCCGUGCCAGAGCAGGGCAACGAGGCUUCGCCAAGCAGCCCCCAACCAGCUGGCAUGGAUGCUCUAGCAUCACAGCUCCAGGAAGCCGUGGCUUCCGGAGUCGAUGUCGCGCAAUUGCUGGCCCAAUUGCAAGCGGCGAAGGUGAUGCGGCGAAGCCAGUGGAGGCUGCACCUCCUAUCCGUAGCCUCAGAGGCUGACCUGCCCCGCACCUCUGAGAUGCACGGAUCCCAAAAGACAGAGUUGACAGGGGCAGUAGACGAGCGAAAGUACACGGAGGAGCAAGAGGUCCGACAAAUGCAACGAUGGCUUACAGACCUCAAAGGAAAGCUCUCCGCUGUGCAGGCUGCAGCAGCCAAAAUUGGCGCUGUGGCCAGAGGUAGUGCCACACGAUGGAAGGCAUGGCCAUGCUUUGGGGAGAGAAGGGAAGUGUCUGCAGCUGUGUUGCUGCAUACGCUUCUGCUUUGUGACUCUGUCAAGGUCAAGCAGGAUUACCACGAAGCCAGGGCAGCUGUGGAGGCAGAUGUGAUUUGGGCAGUAGGAGAUCCUCUUGAGCCACCGCUGCUUGGCUUUGCUGACUAUGCACAGCGAAACGACUCAAUGCCAUCUGUGCCCGACUCGAUCCGCUUCAAGGUACGAGAUGUCACCAAGCAGAACGUCCUCAAGCAGCUGGGACAAAAGGAGGACCUGAACUAUUGGAGCACUUUUGAAACCUUGGCAUCAAGACUUCUGCAGGAGGUUUCCGGCACGAGCGGGGCUAGCCUGCCGCCGGGUCCAAAGAAGCAGAUGUCAAUGGCCCAUCUCUUCAACGACGAGGAGACAUUUGCAGAGACGUCGGCCGAAGCAGCCGAGGGUUUUGUGGCACGUCGGCAGGAUCACUAUUUGCUGGGAAAAUACCAGAUGGUGGCUGUGCCGGCCAUGGCUGAUUAUGACUCGGCAUUCGGAGAAGUCUUGCGGCCUCAGGAUUUGAAGAAUGGUCUCUCUCAACAGACAGCGCUGGAUUGUGAUGGACCCAAGGGCUUCGACGGUUGGUUCUGGGUGUUGCAUGCUGCUGCGCCAAACAUUGGCGAGAGCGCUCAAGCAGACGACUUCCUGGCAUAUUCGGUGGACGAGGAGGAUGACUCCUCCAGCCCCAUGAGGACAGAAUCAGCGCGAUCGACUGCUUCCACCGCUUCCAGGUGCUGCUGGAAGGAGCGGCUUCUGCGGCCCACGCGCCGGUUAAACGAGGAUCUAUACAUCAAAGAUCUUCGCCGCCUUUGGCGCAACGUGCUCAUUGCCAUGAAGCAUCUCAAGGUGGAAGACGUCAUUCUCUUUCCGUUCGGCAUGGGUGCCUUCCUGAGACACUUGCAUCUGAACGAUGAUCGAUAUGAGGAUGCCAGCAGCAUGCGAAGGCUGAAGCGAAGAAUCGCUGACGAGCUCAUGAAUGCCAUUGUUGACAUAUGCUUACCGAGGUCCAAGCCUGUCAAGGCGGCCAAGCCAGCGGAAACGCGCACUCGCGUACAUCUCUGCCUCGUGUGUGUCAACCGAGAAAGUGUUGACAACCACAACUGCUUUGUGCAGGCAGCUGCAGAUAGGGCAAAGAGUUGUCCUGAGCUGAAGGAGAUCCUGCACUUGAGGCGGAAUGUUGACUCCUUGCAGCUGGCCCAUGAACUGGCCGCGGGCUCUGGCAAGUCCAGACCUUUGAAGGUUGCCUUGCUCAACGGGGCCAACCGGAAGCUUUGCGGAAACCACUGGUUCCAGAGUGGGGCUCGAUAUGCCAUCGACGAAAAUCUUCAUCGGCGUUCUGCUUCUCUUUCCAGAGCAUCGUUGCUGGUGAAUUUCGACACCGAGCCGAGGCCUCGCAAGGCUAUGCAGCUGCAGGAGACUGUCAGGUUUUUUCGCGGAACUGUGGUGAACUUGGAUAAGGGGACAAAAUCGCAGCAAGCUCCAAAUCCUGACAAGACUCUCGUAGACAACGCAGUCGUCCGGAGCCAGAAGGAGUCGAAGGAGCCGAAGCAGUCUGCGCAGGUUCCUGCGCAGGGCAAGGGCCGCAAGCGGUUCUGCCUAUGUGGAAAGACAAAAGCGCCACUAAAGGCAGACGAUGACGCAGAGAUCCUUGCGACAGUUUGA